AUGCAGAGGCCCCUGAAGCCGUUGCCAGCCGAGAUGAUGAAGCAUGUGGACACUCUAGUAAGGGAGCUAAUGCUGGAGCGGAUGCAAGAGCUGCUCACAGAGGAGAUGAAGAAGGACCGUCAGUCUCCGGACAAAGUAGAACCGACAAGCUCGCGCGCAGUUACACCAGUGGAGAACGGCGGGCCUUCACAGACCCCCUAG